AUGGACAAAGUACUCGAGCUGAUUCCUUCGCGUCAUAAUUUGAGGAACGUAGCCAACAGUCUCGAAGAUUACAGCCUCGACGCGUAUGUGCAACUUGACGACGAUAUGUUGGCGUUGUCAGAUUCGCAACUUGUGAUCAACAUCCGCGAUCGGUCAAGCUGCAUUUCGUUUACAAUUGCAUCAGUGCAUGGCAACUUUCUGAUGCAAAGGCUGCAUCAGCGGCAUGGUGGCAUGGUCGACAGAGUGAAUGGUUACUUUUACUUGAACAUCGAACAUUCCUAUGGGCAUAGGGCUGCACCUGCCGUCGAAAAUAACGCCGUCCCAUAA